UUUUAUUUCCCCGUGAACGGCUUUUCCAGAAAAGUAAUACAGAUCAUCUUUUAAAGCAUACCUGAGUGAUCUACCUCUGAAACCAAGCCAUGGGGUGUGAAAAAUCCAAACCCAAGAUGGACACAUCAGAGUCGAAGUCCUCCGAUAUUAAAGGAAGGAGCGAGGAAAACGGGGACAAACCACGUGAGAAAAACGACUACACCAACCCCCCCGUUAAUCUACCACAGCCUGGGGAGAACUCUGAUGUUGAGGGAGGCAGUGGCGGAGGGAAACGUGUUUUCGCGCUCUAUGACUAUGAUGCCCGAACACAAGAAGACCUCACAUUCCGCAAAGGCGAAGUUCUCGAACUUAUAGAGGGCAUAACUGAAGACAAUGAGGACUGGUGUUACGCGCGACAUAUAUAUCCAAAUUAUAACAAUCUCCAGAAGGAGGGUUACGUGCCACGGAACUAUGUUGCAUUGGAGGAAAGUCUAGAGUCACAUGACUGGUUUUUCGGACGGGUGGCACGUAAGGAGGCAGAGAGAAACUUGUUGACGAAGGACAACCCUGUUGGGGCUUUCCUUGUACGGGUGAGCGAGAGUUGUCCGGGGAGCUAUGUGUUGUCCAUUCGAGACUAUGACCAAAACAUGGCCAAUCCGGAUUGCGCCAAACAUUACAAGCUUUGCAACAUGGAUGGAGGCGGAGUGUACAUUGACAAAAGACGACAGUUCAAGAGUAUGAUGGAACUUGUGGACCAUUAUAAAGUGCAAGCGGGUGGUAUAUGUCGGCCACUGGUAGCACCGUGUUAUCGAGCUGCCCCGGUAAUGGUUGAUUUGAGUCGGGACACUAAGGAUGCGUGGGAGAUUGACAGGAACUCGCUCCAGCUUGCACAGAGGAUUGGAGCCGGUCAGUUCGGGGAAGUCUGGAAAGGACGAUGGAACAACACAACAGAUGUCGCUAUAAAAACACUGAAGCCGGGCACAAUGACGGCGGAGGCCUUCCUUGCCGAGGCCCAGAUCAUGAAGCAGUUUCGCCAUGACAAACUUGUGCGUCUUUACGCCGUCUGCUCGAAGGAGGAGCCGAUUUACAUUGUGACUGAGCUCCUCAAUGACAGUCUGCUCAACUACCUGCGGGAGGGAGACGGACGAUACAUGAAGUUCCCAGAUAUGGUGGACUACGCUGGACAGGUUGCGUCAGGCAUGUCAUACUUGGAGCAGCAGAAGCUGAUCCACAGAGACCUGGCGGCAAGAAAUGUCCUCGUUGGGAAGAAUAAUGUCUGCAAGGUUGCCGACUUUGGUCUUGCACGCGUCAUUGAAGAUACUGAAUAUACCGCGCAUGGAGCCAAGUUCCCGAUCAAGUGGACAGCCCCAGAGGCAGCUAAUUACAUGCGAUUCACGAUAAAGUCUGACGUGUGGUCAUACGGCAUUCUGCUCACGGAAAUCACAACACAUGGACAAGUACCAUACCCAGGAAUGACAAACAAAGAAGUUCUCAACCAAGUAGAAUGUGGUUAUCGAAUGCCUAAACCGCUGAAAUGUUCCGACGCCAUGUAUGAAAUAAUGAUCAAGUGCUGGGAUAAACGUGAGGAAAACCGACCAACUUUUGAAUUCCUGGAGUGCUUUUUCGAUGACUUCUUUGUCAAUACAUAACGGAAAUAUAAUAAGGACUAUGUUGAAUAAUUAGAGUUGUGACGAUAUUGUUGCACACAAUUUGAACACUUAUUAUAAGAUUUAUGUAGCAUCUUACUAUUUAAUCUCCAUUUGGUUCAGAGCAGUAUUUUAGCAUGCUAUUUUGGCCAUGCUACUUGAUGCAAGAUUAAUUCAUCUCGCGUUACUUUGAACCUGUUGAACAUUGCGAUAGUGUUUACAAUAUUUAUUUGUCAUUAUUUUGUUCGCAAUAGAUCGAUGUGCCAUGAAAUAAACAUCAACUCUGUUUUCCAUUUUUUAUGUAGCAAAGUUUGAAAUUAUGUAAAUAUAUCAUGUUAUACCAUAAUAAAGUAUUUUCAUCAUGUGUAGAGAUUAAAGCAGAU